UAUAGAAUUACAGUAAGUGGGUUUUAAUUGCCCAAUUAAACUUAAUCUCACUCAUAUAAGAGUUCCAACAACUGGCGGUAGUACAAGACAGUGGAUAAACAAGCAGACAUGAGUGGUUUAGUCUAUGGGAUCCUCCUGUGUUGGGCUGCACUAUGCGCCAGCAGCCCCUCCUCCCUGGUCAGGCGGCAGGUGUUUACCGGAACCUGUGAUGAGCAGGGCAUCAAGACGGCACAGGAAAGCUGCUUCGGGGCCUUGAUGAGUAUCAGUGGCAUGCAGCCUGCGAGUGGAGUCAACGUGGAUGCUGACAUCAGGGAGUCAUGCCGUACCCUUAAAGCAGCAAACAGAUGCUUUCAAGAGGAGAUGAAGAAGUGUGGCGCAAGCGGAGAGAUUUUGGCGACAAUGUUGUCCAACGUUUUUGAAUAUGCGUGUGAAGAGGGGCUUGACAUCAUGCUGUCGGAGGGCGACUGCUGGGCCCACGAAAAUUUCACCUCGGACAUUAUGGGGUGUUCGAAGACCAUGGAACAAAGUUUUAACACAAUGGGCUAUAACGGCUUUUGUCGAGCCACCAACGAAUUCAUUCGGUGUGUGGGAGACAGAAUAAACAGCAAAACUGUCUGCUCGGAGGAUGCAGCCUGGUUCAUGCAGGAGUUAUUCAGGAGGAGCAUCAAGCCUGCAGCUGACAUGAUGAAAUGUUUUCUUAACACCAGAGCUAUACGAAGUAUUGUUGACAUGCUACGAAGAAAGUAACUGCUGGUGUGGGGUCUACAUCAACACGAGUUGAGAAUCACUGUAAUAUUGUAUUCACUGUUCAGAAUUAAACCUACAUUUCUUAUUUUAA